CGCCCUCCAUGGGACUAUCCGGGGCAAUCGAAUUAUUAAUAAAUACAGCACAGCAUCUUUUAUAAUUGGAGGGACCAUGAGUGUCAUCCUGGAUUUGUCCUUUGCUGUGUGCAUCUGGAUCUCUGCUGCCGUCACCAUCACCUACACACUGCUGGGAGGUCUCUACUCUGUGGCCUACACAGAUGUUAUACAGCUGGUCCUCAUAUUCAUCAACUUGAGGACAAAACAUCGGACGCUGGUGCAGGGAACUCAUUCAGGUGGUCUUUCAGCUUUCACAGAAUGGAGGAGGCCUUCACUGCCAACACUUCAACUACAACUACCAACUACAAUAACUCCUUGGGAACAUUUGUGAUCGUCCAAGUUGUGAUGACAAGCACAAUCAUUUCUAUAGGAAUUCCUUUGAUCAUCAUGGCCAUCUGUUCUCUUUAUUCUCUGGUGAGCAAUGAUCAUGUUGCUCCAAUCUACGUCAUCAACCUUCUAAUUUCAGACCUCAUUCAGCUCUGCUGCUUGAUCCUCAGGCUGGCACCAUUAAAAGUGGAGAUACAUGCUACUCUUUAUUUCAUUUACUUCUGUGGUUUGAUUGCCAGUGUUGGCUUCAUGGUGUGUGUUGCCAUGGAAAGGUUUUUGGUCAUAGCCUGCCCACUGUGGUACCGUUUCAGACGAACCACCAAGACCCCUGUUUUGGUUUGUGUCGUGGUCUGGGCCCUUACUCUUGCCAAUCUCCCAAUUUUCUUGGUCAACAAAAAAGUCUUACCAAUCAUCUUUGGCAUUAUCUUCCUCCUUCCUCUCCCACUGUUCAUCUUCUUCCUGGGUGGGACCAUCAGAGCUCUGUCUGCCAGCCGUGUCCCCCCCGAAGAAAAGCGAAGAAUUGUGGGGAUUUUGGUCCUGGUGCUGCUUAUUUACACACUGCUGUUCCUGCCCAGAACCAUUUAUUACCUUACAAAACAAGAUUACCUCUACCACCUGUCUCACAUGUGUCUUAAGUUGAGUCCAAUUGCAGAUUUACUUCUGUAUGUUUUCAUGAGGAAAGGAAGCAUAGACAAGCUUUUCGCCUCUCUGUGUUGCUACAGAAUGGACAGCAAUGACAGCAGCAGAAUGGACAGCAAUAUCACCAGUUCAACAGUGUGAAUGAUAACAAAAAUGUGGGCAAAUAGAAAGGAUAAAUUAAUUCUUCAACUUCCUCAACAGUUCAUGGCGUUCAUAAUGCAUUCAGUAAUGAUUAAUGUUUGCGACACGUUACCCAAUGAACUAUUCAGAAACUAUAUAAAGUAAAACUUUUUUUCUCACCAACUUUCCUUUGUCGAUGUAGAUUAUGAAGACCAAGCACAUAUUCCUCUGUAUCAGUACAUCUGUAUGAGUACUAGUCCUGCC